AUAAAUAUAUAUGGUUUUCGGUUUUCCCUUAAUUUCUAGGAACUUUUGUAAUUUUGUUAAAAUGUCGAAAAGUGCGCUGGUUAUUUUGGCCCCCGGGGCAGAGGAAAUGGAGUUUAUCAUAGCCGCCGAUGUUUUGCGUCGUGCGGGGAUCAAGGUCACCGUUGCCGGGUUGAACGAUGCGGAGGCGGUAAAGUGCUCGAGGGACGUCCAAAUUCUUCCCGACACUUCGUUGGCCAAAGUUUCCGGGGAUAAGUUCGAUGUUGUGGUUUUGCCCGGAGGAUUGGGCGGUUCCAAUGCCAUGGGAGAGUCCUCAUUGGUCGGGGACAUUCUGAAGAACCAGGAAUCGAAUGGAGGUCUCAUCGCCGCUAUUUGUGCCGCGCCCACCGUUUUGGCCAAACAUGGAAUCGCCUCGGGAAAGUCCCUCACUUCGUAUCCCUCGAUGAAACCCCAGCUAGUGGAUAAAUACAGCUAUGUGGAUGACAAGAACGUGGUGAAGGAUGGUAAUCUCAUUACUAGUCGAGGUCCUGGAACCGCCUAUGAAUUUGCUCUUAAAAUUUCCGAGGAAUUGGCGGGCAAAGAAAAAGCCCAGGAGGUCGCCAAGGGUCUUUUGAUAGCCUAUUAAGGUCACAAAUGGAGAUUCUCGGUUAAUAUUUAUUAAAGAACUGUCAUACCAGUUGUUCCGAACAAUUGAUGAAAUCAAGAACUGAAUUAAAACUACUUUGAGCAAAUUAAUG